AUGGAUCCUGCUGUUCCUGCCCUUGCACAACAACCCACCACCGCCGGAGGUGUUGACAAUGGUGCUUCAAUAUUAGAUCCCACCAACAAUAUCGUUAAAGGAAAACGUACAAAGCGUCAAAGGCUACAGUCCUCCUCUUCUAUUCCUUUCGCAAUUGUAUCUCAUUCUUCCACCUCCUACAACGUUUUCAAUUCUUCUCCGGCGUCAUCUUCUGAUUUUCCAGCUGGUAGCACCACCACGGAAGACGAAGAUACGGCCAUGUGCCUCAUUCUCCUUUCCAAAGGUCAUAACGUGUUUCCGAGGAACAGUAAUGAUGAAUUAUCCGGAUACAAGUUUAACAGCAAAAGAUAUAUACAAACAUCGACGGACGCCGCCCAUGGAUUCACCGGAAUGUAUGUUUACGAGUGCAAGACGUGUAGCCGGACGUUCCCAUCGUUUCAAGCUCUCGGAGGCCAUAGAGCCAGCCACAAAAAACCAAGAAUCAAUGAAUUAGAUAAAAGAAAACUGUCACCCUACACCGCAUUAUCCGAUGAGGAUGAACCAUUACUGCAAUUCCCAUCGAGGAAGAACAAUUCUUCCUCUUCCUCUUCCCUUUCGAUUCAAUUAAACCACCGGGUUUCAUCGCCGGGACACAGCAAGAAAUCGUCCACCAAGCUUCACGAAUGUUCAAUCUGUGGCACGGAAUUUAAUUCCGGACAAGCAUUGGGCGGCCACAUGAGGCGACACCGGGUGACUAAUGGCACCGCCACCGCCGUCACUGCCACCAACACCACGUUGUCUUUGAUUCCUUACAGCCCGGUUACAACCAUGGUGCCCGAAGAUCAAGAUUAUCAAAUGUCAAGGAAUGAUGGUUUGUGUUUGGAUUUGGAUCUCAACCUUCCGGCACCACCGGAAACAGCCAUGGCUGCCGCAAAUCACGAUCAACGCCGUGAUUCGAGCUUCAAAUUCACGGCCGAUCAGAACAAACAACACACCGUUCGUUUAUCUGCCGCCCCAACAUUGGUGGAUUGUCACUACUAA